GUACAAUGAAUACCAAUGAGUAGGUCAAUUGUAGAUCCUUCACUAAGUGUUGUAAUGUUUGAUCCUGAUCCAGGGCCAACCAGUGGAUGGUUCUUUGAGGACUUGACGGACCUCCAAAGGAAGCUGUUUUUAGGUGUCUCAAAGAAAGAGUCCAGAGGAACUCUCAGACAGCUGGGGAAACCACUUGCCAUGACUAGUCAGAACCCACAUCUUUACCGCUCAGUGGAAGACAAAGUGACACAGGAAAGAUAAAAUCAAAUUGAAAACUAAUGUGUGACCGACUGAUCAUUGCUGCAACACCUACAAAAACAAAAACAAAAACAAAACAAGAGAUUUUUCAUACAUGAUAACCAUUUAAGGAGUGUCAUGGUGGUCUAUAACAGUGCUUUCAUCUCAGACCUGCAGAGAACAGAACAGCAGCACAUCACGACCAACACGGGACUAAGACCUGAUUUAUAGAGCAAAGAGAGGAACACUGUAGAAGCAAACAGGCACAACACAGAACCUUUCCUGGCUCUGAUUUGUGAAGAUGAUAUUGGGUCCAGACUGUGGGUCUGAAUGCAACAAGUCUGCAUCUCUGGAGGGCCAGGGGCCACCGGUGCUGGUCGACGCCUGGCUGGUCCCCACUUUCUUCAGCCUCAUCCUGCUGGUCGGCCUGGUCGGGAACUCGCUGGUCAUCCAUGUGGUCACCAAGCACCAGCAGAUGAAAACCGUCACCAACUUUUACAUAGGCUGUUCUUGUUCUCUUCCAGUAAACCUAGCCAUGACCGAUAUAUUGUUUCUGGUGUGCUGCGUGCCCUUCACUGCCACACUGUACCCACUGCCCAGUUGGAUCUUUGGAGAGUUUAUGUGCCGACUGGUGAACUACCUUCAGCAAGUGACUGCUCAGGCAACAUGUAUCACUCUGUCAGCUAUGAGUGUGGACCGCUGCUACGUGACAGUCUAUCCUCUGCAGUCACUGCGACACCGCACCCCUCGCUUGGCUCUGGCCGUCUCUGUGUCUAUCUGGAUAGUUGAUGCCGGACCGAUGCUGCCCCUCGAGACCCCAGCUGUUCCCCAGCGGCCCCUCGAUGCCUCUGUGCUCCCUCGAUGUUCCCUCUGUCCCUCGAUACCCCUACCCCUGUGCUCCUUCUGUCCCUCGAUACCCCAGCCCCUGUGCUCCCUCUGUCCCUCGAUGCUCCCUCCGUCCCUCGACACCCCAGCCCCUGUGCUCCCACCUCUUCCCGAGAACCCUCUACUCCCACCUCUUCCCGAGAACCCUGUGCUCCCACCUCUUCCCGAGAACCCUGUGCUCCCACCUCUUCCCGAGAACCCUGUGCUCCCACCUCUUCCCGAGAACCCUGUGCUCCCACCUCUUCCCGAGAACCCUGUGCUCCCACCUCUUCCCGAGAACCCUGUGCUCCCACCUCUUCCCGAGAACCCUGUGCUCCCACCUCUUCCCGAGAACCCUGUGCUCCCACCUCUUCCCGAGAACCCUGUGCUCCCACCUCUUCCCGAGAACCCUGUGCUCCCCUUUACUCCCGAUACCCCUUCGCUCCCCUUUACUCCCGAGACCCCCGUGUCCCUGUUGACGCUCGAGAUCCCAGUGACUCCGGCCCGGUCUCCUGAACGACAUCCUGCCCGGCCUCCGCGCCAGCCUCCUGAGCGGCUCCGCCCACAUCCUGCACGGCCUCCGCGCCGGCCUCCUGAGUGGCUCCAGCCGCAUCCAGCCCAGGCUGUGUCCAUUUACUCUGCCCUUGUGUUUCUGCCUUUCUCCCCUGCUGUGUCUUGUUCCUUCAUUUGGUGUCUGUGUAUUUAGCCCUGUCUGCCCCAGUGUGUUUUGUGGUAUUGUCAUUUGAUGUCAGGUCGUGUUCUGCUUGUGUGUUCUACUCGUGUUCAGCUCUACCCCGGAUUGGUUUGUGUUUUGGUUACCUUGUAUUUGUAUUCUAGAUUCGGCUUUGUUUUAAUAAAGCUCGCUUUUUGUUAAGUCAUGCAUUCUGCUUUUGAGUCCUCACCUUAUCACACCGUGACACACAUUACACUUGAGGAUUUUCCAGUUGCUGUCCACAUAGUCUGCGUUUUGGUUUGGAGCCAUCAUCUACUGUAGUUACCUUGCACAGCAGCUCGUGAAGAUGGUGAUGGUUAGGGCAGGUCAUCGGCUAGAUAGUAACCUCCUAUAUUGGCUGAUUUUGACAGAUGGUUCAACCAAUCACUUUUUAGGUUUUUAAAUUUUUUUAAUUUUUUUUUUAAAGUACCUGCUUUCCAGAUGUCUGUGUAAUAAUACAUUAGAUUUGU